AUGCGCAACCGUCAUCCACUCUCAUUAGGCGUCACUCCCAUCUUGAGCUUCGUGACAAACCGAUCAUUCUUCACCCUCAUCCUCAGCUUCUUGCGACCAGCCGAGCUCCUCAUGGCGACGGAUCCUAAGAAGCAGGACGAGCUUCUUCGUCGUCCCCUCUACGUCUAUGAUCUCCCUCCGGAAGUCUUGGCCACACUGAACCUCAAGUUAGAUACCGAAGCGCAUGUGCAGCCAGACCCAGACACACCCCAAAAACCUGUCGCUGAGCCGUCGCAAACACCAUCCGAGACGGCAGUCGGAUCGCCAGCCUGCUCUUUAUGCGGUCUUACAUUCGCCACAGUGCUCGACCAACGAGGCCACCAGAAAUCUGACCUGCAUAACUACAACCUGAAGCAGAAGCUCAGGGGGCAGAAGCCCGUGUCCGAGGUGGAGUUUGAGAAGCUGGUUGGCGACUUGGACGAAAGCCUGUCCGGAUCCGACUCGGAUGAUUCCGAGGACGAGGAGGACGAAUCCAGGAAGGAUUCGACGUUGACAGCACUCUUGAAGAAGCAGGCCACCCUCGCAGAGAAGCGCAACGGGGAUGAUGGCGACGAUGACACGGAAUGGGGCAGGGGAAAGAGGAAGGGCACGGGCAAGCCACCAAUGAUGUGGUUCGCUUCUCCCGUUCUGCCCGAGAACAACUAUUUCGGAAUAUACAGAGCCCUUUUCACGAGCGACGAGCUAGAGAAAGAGGACAGCAUAUUAGACGCCGUCAAGAAGCGCCAGCUACCGCCAUUGGCACCUCCCAAACCCAGCAAAGACGGGUCUCAACCCCCAGCGGCCUACAAGGGGCCGCAUAUUUUCCUCUGCAUGAUCGGAGGCGGCCAUUUUGCUGCGAUGGUAGUCGCACUUUCGCCGCGACAGACUAAGUCCGGGGCAGGGCCUAUGAACCGCGAAGCCACAGUCCUGGCACACAAGACAUUUCACAGAUAUACUACACGAAGGAAACAAGGCGGCUCGCAAUCAGCAAACGACAACGCCAAAGGCGCCGCGCACUCAGCAGGUUCUACUUUGCGUCGUUACAACGAGCAAGCCCUAGUCGACGACGUGCGGCAGCUUCUGACCGACUGGAAAGGUCUACUGGACACGGCUGACCUGCUUUUCAUCCGGGCCACCGGGGUCACGAAUCGACGGACGCUAUAUGGGCCAUACGAGGGGCAAGUUCUGCGAGCGAACGAUCCACGGAUAAGGGGGUUCCCUUUCAGCACGCGGCGGGCGACACAGAACGAGCUGAUGCGCUCGUUCAUCGAGCUCACCAGGCUCAAGGUGAGGGAGAUACUACCGGUCGAUCCAAACGCCGCCACAGAAGCGGCCACAAAGUCACAGACAACGAGCAAGUCUUCGAAACCAGCCGCGCCGAAACUCACCGAGGAAGAGGAGACGGCCCUGCUCCACACGCAGCAGAUACAGGCCCUCAUCCGCCGCUCGAAACUUCCCGCCCUGCUAUCAUACAUCAAGACCAACUCCCUCGAAGCAAAUUUCCGUUUCCAGCCCGCCGAUGUAAAUCACCACGCCCCGACGCCGCUGCACCUAGCAGCGGCACAGAACGCGGCCCCCCUGAUCACGGGCCUGCUGACCCGGGGAGGCGCGGACCCCACCUUGCCAAAUGGCGAUGGCAAGACGCCCUUCGAGCUCGCGGGCGACCGCGCGACACGGGAUGCGUUCCGUGUAGCACGGCACGAGCUGGGCGAGGGCGCGUGGGACUGGGAGGCUGCGAAGGUCCCGCCGGGGAUAAAGAAGGAAGAGGCCGAGCAGCGGGGAGAGCGCGAGCGCAAAGAGGCCGAGCGGAAGGAGUCUGAGAGGAGGAAGGCCGAGGAGGAGAGGCUGAAGAGCCAAGGGCCCAAGGUCGUCGACAGCGCGAGGCGGAAGGGCGGUGGUGUCCUGGGCGGCAGCGUCGAGAAGAGCGCAGAGGAGAAGAGGCAGGAGGAAGCCAGGGGACUGACUCCGGAGCAGAGGAUGCGGCUAGAGCGGGAGAGGAGGGCCAGGGCGGCGGAGGAGAGGUUACGGAGGAUGCAGGCCGGCGGUUGA